AUGGCAGGCGUAGAAUCCUGGAAUUCACGCUCAACUAUCCCGACGCCGUAUCUUCCGGCGCUAAACACGGAGAUUGACUCUCCCGGCCUACUCGGUGGCUUUCUUUCGAGCUUGGACUCUCCUGGCGAUACCAUCCCCGGCCUUCAAGUAGCUCCCUUUUUGGAAGAGCAGCCUCAGCUGAUCAAAUCAGGGAUCUCUCACUUCCCCUGUUCGACGUUCUUCGGUUCCUCCGCAAUUCCUCCCGACGCGUCGGCAUUCAUGGCCGGCGCAGGGAACGAGAUCUCGCAAACGGAUCUCGACAACUUGGCUGAAUGGAUCCCGCGACUUGCCGGCGGUGCCGCCGCCGCCGCUGCCGGACAGCCAUCGUCAAUUGACGAGAUUGCGGCCGAGCUACAGUCGCUCGACGCCAAGCAGUUUCUGCUGCAGCAGCAGAUGACAGCGCAGUCCGCGACAGGCGACGGCGGCGGUUCCGCUGGUGGUGAAGAGGCGGACUUAUACGCGGCGCUAGUGCAACAACAGCUUGCUGCUGAAAUGCCGCACGACGCGACCAACGCCGCAUCAUCCGCGGCCGCUUUUCACGGUCGAGACCUGGAGGAGUUUAGCGCGCUAUCGCGGAUGGCGGGUUUGCCAGACAGCACGUUGGGAGGGGGUCUGGAUGGAGCCAAUCUGAUUGAAACGAACGCUGCGCGUUCCGCGGCGACAGAACCGGCGGCGCUCUCUGGGGCAUUGGGAAUAGUUGCGAACCACCCGGCUGCUGCGCGUAACGACGCGCUGACGAUCCGGCCCACGGCUCCACCGCAAUUCACUGCGCAAUUCUCGCGCGCGGCGAGCCGACUCGCAGCUUGGAACGUCUUCGGAGCGCCGCCGCAGUGGCCUUCCGCCGCGGCCCCUCAGGCUUCCGCUGGAGUUCAGAUCGGCGCGAAUUGGCUUCAGAACGAGCUGCUGCAGCAGCAGCAGCAGCAGUCGCAGCGCACACGCAUUAUGGAGCCUGCUACGCUGGGGCCAGCGGCUGCGCUGCCCGUCACUCCAGCGGACGAGCUCGAGGCGUUGUUUCAGCAGAUUCCGCCGGAGCUUGCGCCAGAGGAGCGCAUUGUGCUGGCUGCGGCGCUCAUGGCGGAGAUGCAGCGGAGCAACGUGGCGGCUGCAGGCGGUAACAACGGCCAUUCGCAGCAACCACAGCAGUCACAGCUGCACGUUUCUGGAGGAGCCGGUAGUAGCAUGCGUGUUGCCGAAUUUCCGACGCCCCUUUCGGUUCAUUCGGUGGAAAAUGCAGCUUUUCAUAACAAUCAGCCCCCUGCAUUUGCAGAUGAGGCCCAUCAGAGGCUCUCUGGCAGAGGACAGCAGCAGAAUGCCAGUGGGGCUGGCUUAGGUGCCCUGACUGCUCACAAUGGACCCCCCGCAUCGCUACGGAGGUUCUCAGAAUUUCCUGGUGAAUUUCAGGAUAUCGCGGAAUGCAUGAGCGGACCCGUGAGCUCGGACGCACUGGGCGUGUCGGAGUCUAGUGCGGAGAGGGCGGCGUCAGCGCGUGUGGGCGGCGGGGGAGGGGCUGGUGGGAGCAGGAGACAAGGCGGGGCGGCUGGUAGCGGAGGAGGGGUUGGUGGUGCAAGCGUACGAGCCGUGCGUGAUUACGUGGAUUCGCGACGCGAUUCGCUAGUCCGUGAGUGA